AUGUCUAAUCCAGACAAGCUCGCUCAUCACCGAUCGACAAACGAUUUACCACUUCACUCUGACAUUGUCAUUAUUGGAUCAGGAUAUGCUGGAUCAUCAUGUGCCUACUAUAUCUACAAAGAUCAGCCACAGAAUCAAACGCCACCAAUUGUCACUAUGCUCGAAGCUCGUGAAACAUGUUCGGGUGCGUCGGGACGCAACGGUGGCCACUUGAAGCCAGAUGUGUACGCUUCUUAUUCGCGCUACUCAGACAUGUACGGUCGUAAAAAUGCAGAGACACUAAUGCAGUUUGAAGCGAAUCACAUUGAGGCAAUGUCCGAACUUGUGUCUGAGGAAAACAUCCAAUGUGACUGGCAGAUUACACGCGCUUGCGAUUUGUACGCUGAUUCGCAACAAGCUGCUCAAGCAAAAGCAUCGUACUUACAACGUUGCGCAGAUGGUGGUGAUGUUUCUGAUAUCUGUGAAAUACCCUCUCACGAGCUUCUAUCCAUCGUGAGAGUGAAAAACAUGCUCUACGGCAUUACGUUCACAGCUGCCAGCAUCCACCCGUACAAACUUGUUCAUCAUCUGCUCCAUAAGUGCGUUGAACGUGGCAUGAAUCUACAAGGAUGUUAUCUAGUUAAGAUGUCUAGAUAA